AUGUCUGAAGUAUACACCGAAGAAGCAAGCCAGGAAAAGGGUGUAGUCCACAAGGAGACUGUUCCUGAAGUCCCCGAACACCAUAAAUCAACGGUCCACGAGAUUUCCCACACCGACGCGGCAGUCUGGCAGUUGCGCCGGACCUAUACAAAACCAGGGUUAACGGGCCUCUUUUCUUCAAAAUAUGUGUUCAUCUGCUCUCUCUUCGCCACUACUGGCGGUUUGCUGUUUGGCUACGAUCAAGGCGUCGUCUCCAUCACCUUGGUCAUGCCCCAGUUCCUCCAAGAGUUCCCAGAAGAGUUGAGCAUCGUUGUUGGGAUUGUCAUUGCUUUCUACACUACUUAUGGUACUCGGUCAUCCCAGCCUUGGGUCUGGUGUUGGGUGUCUUCUUUCUUCCUUACUCUCCCCGAUGGCUGGCUUUCAGAGGAAGGACUGACGAGUCCUUGUCUGUCUUGGCCCAAAUCCGCCGCCUCCCCGUCACGGCUGAACUUGUUCUACAAGAAUGGUAUGAAAUUCGUUCAGAUGCCAUGUACCAGAGAGAACUUCGCCGAGAGAAAGCACCCUCAACUGGCACAAUCGACCGGCAAGUGGGACAAGAUCAAACUUGAGACUUUGGGAUAUCUCGACUGUUGGAAGAAGCCUGCCCUGAAGAGGACACACGUCGGUGUGGUCAUGAUGUUUUUUCAGCAAUUUGUGGGGAUCAAUGCCCUCAUCUACUACUCACCUACAUUAUUUGAAACGAUGGGAUUGGACUACCAAAUGCAGCUAGACAUGUCCGGUGUUCUCAACAUCUGUCAAGUCGUUGCCGUGGUGUGGUCGCUUUGGGCCCUAGAUCAAUAUGACCGUCGUCUGCUGCUCCUUGUAGGAUGUGUCGGAAUGUUCAUCUCCCAUCUCAUAAUCGCUGUCUUGGUGGCCAAAUUCAAUGGAAAAUGGACCGAUCAUCAAGGACCUGCGUGGACAAGCACUGCAUCCCUCUUUGUCUUCAUGCUGGCCUUCGGGUGCUCCUGGGGACCUAUUCCCUGGGCCAUGCCAGCGGAGAUUUUUCCGUCGUCGCUGCGAGCAAAAGGCUGUGCUUUCAGCACCAUGUCGAAUUGGGGAAAUAACUUUAUCAUUGGCUUGAUUACUCCUCCGAUGAUUCAGAAUAUUGGGUUUGGAACUUAUAUUUUCUUCGCGUCAUUUUGUGCUCUUUCACUUGUUUGGGUGUAUUUCUUCGUUCCAGAGACAAACGGGAGAACGCUGGAACAGAUGGACAGCGUCUUCAAAGACACGAGUAGCGUUGAGGAGCUCGAACGUCGACGACAAAUUGAAGCGGACAUUAUGAGAGAAAUGGAGCAGAACCGCGCCGUGGAAUAG